CUCUGGCGCCGUCAUUGCCGUCGGUUGGCCCGACUCCAGUCGGUCCUCUUCCCUUCUUGCACGCCAUUCCCCACCGCUGCGCACUUUCCUUCGUCUGUCUCUAAUCUGGACCGGAUCGACCGCGCCAGCCCACGCGACCAUUUACGGGGGGGGCUUGAUCUUCUUUGCAUCGAGCUUUGCCCGUUACCCUCCCUUCUCUUUCCCUGUGGCCCUGUCAUAAUCACGAAUCAGAUCGAGGCUCCCGGACCAGGGGACAUAUUAAGCCUAGGCUCUGAGGCAACGGCUACUGAUCUCAUCUUGGGUCAUGUGGACAGUGCUUCUAGUGAACAUGCUCCUGGCGAAAUAAGUAUGUACACCAUUCCUUCUCCUUCCGGAACUUAA